AUGGAUGUGCGGUCGAAGAAUCGUCGGGUCAGCAUGCUCAGCGCGACGCGGAAGAACUUCGCCGAGGUGGAGCGCAUCGUACGGUCGCUGACAGCGGAUAGGUUAGCGGCCGCCAGGGCGGAGCUGGAGACGUCGGGCAAGACUACCGACGAUGGCGUCAAGGAGCUUCUAAGAUGCCUUUCGCUGUACGGCUAUCGGCAGCCCAUGUCGAGGGAGCUCCGUCUGAGCAUGCGGCGCAAGAUCCAGUCACUCAUCUUAUGUCGUGGCGUGCCUGCAAUCUGGUUCACGCUCAACCCGAACGACAUCACGAACCCGGUGAAGCUGAGACUGGCGGCAUACCGCACACGUGAUCCCGCAGCGGCCGAGGCAUUCCUGCAAGGCCUCGACAAGGCGUUCAAACGUGCGCGGCUGGCCAUCUCGGACCCGUUAAGCUCGGCCGAAUUCUUCCACCGAGAAAUGACGUUGUUCUUCGAACAUUACGUGAGAGUGGGCGAGGAGUCGGUGUUCGGGCGCAUCAGCCACUAUUACGGUGCCGUCGAGACCAACGAGCGUGGAGCGCUCCAUGUUCACGGACUGCUCUGGCUGCAGGGCAACGUGCAUCUAAGCUCGAUGCUUGCCGAUAUCGACGGCGAGGAUCAAGCGGCAUACCGAGAACGCAUCGUCAGAUACGUCGACAGUGUCUUUUCCGAGGAUCUGGACCAGGAAGGCUUCUGCGCAAUGCAGGCCGAGCGAUCGGUGACGUCAGAUAUAUCGCAAUUUCUGGGCGACGAACGGCAAUUUUCAGCCUCGUUCGACGAGGAAGCGAACUUCUGUGCCGGCGCGACGCAGAUCCAUACCCACAGCCCGACCUGCGUCAAGUACUCGCUGGGCAAGGGGGCGCAAGGGCGAUUUAUGUCGUUUCAAGGCGCCGUGGGGACUGGUCGACGAGACGGCCUUCACGGGAGACGGCGUGCUGCGGAUUCGGAGGUCGCACAGCAUGACGAUGGCCCUCAUCUUUACGUCACAAACUAUGCGACCAAGGUGGAGGACCCUGUAUGGAAGCGCGUCGCCGCCGCCGCGGAUCUCUUGCCUCCCAGGGCAGGUGACGGAAUGGCCGACGGCGCGGAGGUUCGUGGAGACAGUGGUGCCGGUGACGAUGGCAGGCAGAAUAAGACACGGCAGUUCCUGAUGAAGGUGGCGAAUCGCGUGUUUACGGAGAGGCCGUUAUCUGCUUGGGCGUUCCUGAACGUAUCGCCAGAGGAUUUGCCGUGUCGAGGCAUACCGUCAUCGGGAGACGUCCUUCGAGGGCUGUGUCUCUACGACUACGUUUCGCUGGUCAGGCUGAAGCGCAACGAAAGGGACGAGGGGCCCGCCGGCUGGGGGGAGGUCCCGUUCGAGAGCGGCUGGGCUCCGGGAGGCCGUUGGGCGCAGGUGCUCAGGCGACCGGGCAAGCAGGCCACGGUCUGCCUCGACGGGUAUUUGAGCAAGGAUUUCGACGAAGACGACGAAGGGUCGUGCUACCGAAGAGCGGCUGUGCAGCAUCUUGCGCUCCCUGGCCCGAGGAUAUCAUGUUUCGUCGAUAACGUGCAGUUGCUGCGACGGUCGGCCGAAGAUGCAAAGCGGGACGCACGGCAGUGGGCGGCCUCGUCCGGUGACGGCGACCCCACGGCAGUACGUCCGGACGAGGACGGCACCGGGGAGGUGGGUGUCGAGCCCGGAUCGGGAUACCAGGCCGACAGUGCGGGAAGCACGAAUCGCCUAAUCGACGUUGUCAGAAGCUCGAUCGGGCCGAACCAAAUCACGGCCGGCUCGCCGGAGCUCACGGCGAUGAUGCAGGAGCUCAGCCGAUUUCAGCAAUCGGCGCUGUCCUCUUCUUCCGAGGUCCAGGCCACAAUACUACCCGAACGGGGCCCAAGACGAAUCAACAUCCCGGGGCGGGCAUUCUCCGGAGCCACCAUACCGCCGCAAAGUGAGGUUAGGGCCAUAAAGUCGCAGCAAAUCCGCGCAUCCAGGGAGAGGGAGAAGAUGAUACGGGGCAUACAAAGCCUGUCCACGGCACCGGUGACUGGUCGCCGCGCGGCGGUGCGGGGCGUGCUCACGGGUUUCGGGGAUGACGACGUCCAGAUGACGGCAGCGGAGCUCGAGGAAGGAGUAGCGGGGGCCAGCGCGGGAAUGGAGAUCCGGUUCGGUGCCUCAACCUCCUUCCUCGAGGCGGGCAAGGCCCUGGCAGCGCGGCUCACGCUAAACAAGAAGCAGGCGAUCGCCUUCCUAAUUAUAUGCCGCCAGCUUGACCUGAUACGGCGCGGGGAGAAAAGCAACGUACGCCAGCUGUGCCAGUUCGAUCAAUCGAAUCGUCUGAUGAUAACGGCGACGUCGGGGACGGCAGCAGCGCGGAUCAACGGCAUUACGAUCCACUCCGCCUGCGGGUUCUCGAAAGAUCUCGCGGCAGCCGCAAACGCGGCCAAGGAUCUCGACGGGGUGCGACUGCCGAAACAGGCGGAGCGGUUCGUCGACGGGCAAUCCCGGAUGGACUGGCAGGGAAAGGACGUGCUCGUCAUCGACGAGGUGAGCAUGCUCGGGGCGCGGACGCUACACGCGGUGAACGAGCAGCUCUGCCGGCUGCGCGGGUCGCACCAGGAUUUUGGAGGUAUUCCGAUCGUCCUCUUCUGCGGAGACUUCCACCAAUUCCGCCCCGUCCAAGAACGCUCGAUCCUCCUCCCCAGCACCGCCGUCUCGUGGGACGUAGACAGCUCCUUCAAGGCCGAGACACGGCACCAGCACGACAAGGCGCACGCGUUGUGGAAGAGAUUCACGACCACGGUCAUGCUGGACGAGCAGGCGGAUCCGUGGGAGACGUGCAUCACCGUGGUGACGCCGCUGAACAGGAACCGGUGGAACCUCAACAUGGAGGCCAGCUUGGCGUUCCGGGCCCAGCAGCGGUCAGUGAUGCGCAUCUUCAUCUCGGAUCAUACGUGGAAGGAGGCCCUGCCGACGGAGGAAGAGGCCAUCAUGAUGCUGAACCAGGGCGACGACAGCGCGAUCCCGGUGCCGGCCGUCUUCAUGUUCGUGCCGGGGAUGCCGGUCGUCGUGAACCAUAACACCCAUCAGGGGCUAAAGCUGGUGAACGGCGCCGGCUACACGGCGCUGGAGGUCGUCCUCGACAAGUCGUACCCGGGGCAUCGUAUCACGGCAGACACGACGGUCCAUUUCGGGCCGCCGGCGGGGAUAAUGCUGGAGUCGGAGACGACGAACGACGUUCACUUCUGCCAGCGAAAGAGGCCGUGGCAGCAGAACGACGUCAGCCGAAAGGGCCUGCCCUGUACGGCAGCCUUCGCGUGCACAGACUAUAAAGUGCAGGGCAGGACGCUCGAGCGUGUAGCUCUGGAGCUGCGGGGAACGCGGACGUCAAACAUCGACGGACGCGCCGUGUCCUCGCAGUGCGACCCGUACAGCCUGUACGUGCAGCUGUCUCGCUGCCCGACGCUGGACGGCAUUAUGCUGGUCUCGAAAUUGCGGGAGAGGGACCUGGUGGGCAACAAGGUGCCAGACGAGAUGACAGACGCAGAAGCGAGGCUGGGCCAGCUGAGCGACAAGACUGUCCGCGAGGCCUCGGGAUGGCUAGACGUUGAUUCCCUGGACUCUAAAGGCACGGGCCUGGACGUGUAG